GUGCCUCUGCUUCCGGCUCGAAUUGCUUUCCCAACACCCGCCUUCAACAUGUCUGAGACUGCGCCCGCCGCGCCUGCUGCACCGGCCCCUGCCGAGAAGACGCCGGUGAAAAAGAAGGCCCGUAAGGCUGCAGGUGCUGCAAAGCGCAAGGCGUCCGGGCCCCCGGUGUCCGAGCUCAUCACUAAGGCUGUCGCUGCGUCCAAGGAGCGCAGCGGCGUGUCUCUGGCUGCGCUCAAGAAGGCGCUGGCGGCCGCGGGCUACGAUGUGGAGAAGAAUAACAGUCGCAUCAAGCUGGGUCUCAAGAGCCUGGUGAGCAAGGGCACUCUGGUACAGACCAAGGGCACCGGCGCCUCGGGUUCUUUCAAGCUCAACAAGAGGGCGGCCACGGGGGAGGCUAAGCCCAAAGCCAAGAAGGCGGGCGCGGCCAAGCCCAAGAAGCCCACAGGAGGAGCUAAGAAGCCCAAGAAGGCGACGGGGGCGGCCACCCCCAAGAAGAGCGCCAAAAAGACCCCAAAGAAGGCGAAGAAGCCUGUCGCUGCUGCAGGAGCCAAAAAAGCAAAGAGUCCGAAAAAAGCGAAAGCAGCCAAGCCGAAGAAGGCGCCUAAGAGCCCAGCGAAAGCGAAGGCGGUGAAACCCAAGGCGGCUAAACCUAAGCCCGCCAAACCUAAGGCAGCCAAGCCAAAGAAGGCAGCAGCCAAGAAGAAAUAGGAAGUUCCUUUGGCCUAAGGCUUAGAAGCUCGACACAACCCAAAGGCUCUUUUCAGAGCCACCCAAAGAUAUCAGCAAAAGAGCUGUUGGCACAUUAUUUAAGGGGGCGUGGCUGUGAGAAAAAGGCCGCAAGUGAGGGGCAGUCCUCCCCGGGGUGGGUCUUGAUGGCAGCGGCUGUAGUACAACGUGACAGUCCCUUUAGGAAACUGGUAAUAGCGUGAUUAGAAUGACCAGGGAACAGGCCUGAGCGUAAGCAUCUUGUUUUAGGCUCCAGGGUGCGGAGGGAGUGGAGAUUGCUGGUUGGAAGUUGGCCCCCACUUCGCCCCAAAGGGCGCGGUAAGGGGGAGCACAAACAGGGGUAGGAACUCUCCCCCCAGUAUACCAGGCACUACGUUCUGUAGGUGUCUGGAGACCACUAAAGUGAAAUUUAAAUGUUUACUCCAUUGAACGAAAGAUGGUUUAUCAUUUAAUGAGCCACUUGCAUUUUCUUUGGUUAACAAGGACAUGCCGACAGGCAAAAUUGGCAUGUUUGCGGGAAAAAUACUCCCAAGUAUUUUAAGUAUCAUGGUUUUUUAAUAAGUAACAAAAAUUAUCAGGACUUCUGAUGGAGAACGAAGAGGUUAAGGAUUGCGAACUUUUAAGAGGGUGACCCAGCCCAGCACGUAUGUGCAGGUGGUGGUUGCUUAUUGGUUAGCUGCCCAGGGCGCGGGGUAAUGCGUUUAUCGAGCUUGUCCACCAGCUCCAGCUGGACAUUAACACGGCGACUAGUUGCGGGGCCCGGACCAAUGCACGAAGUUAUCCAAAGGAACAGAGAAGUUGCUUUCAGUUACAAACUUAAAGCUAGCGUGUUGUCAUUUCCUUUCAUCUACUUGCUGUGAAAUAUACCGUGCAGGUGCUUCAAAAGGCUAUUUGUACUAGCUAUGGGUAGUCUAGUCUAGGCCCCUCUGAUUGGGUCAAAGCACACUAACUAAACAGCCAAUGAAAAGGUAGACCUGCUAGUAUCAUUUACAUUCCUGUUUGUGACGCCACAAUAAAAUUAAUCCAAUCAUGAGCGAAAUCUUACUAACCUAAUUUGAA